UCGAGAGAGCCCCGAAAUGAAAAUCAACACCCUUUUAGCUACGUCCGUUUGCGAUGUGGAGGAUAUUUUUAGAAAUAGUGCCAAAUGUUUCCGUAUUUUGCCUAAUGAGAAUUGCGAGGAUAGAUCUUUGGGUGACGACAUUGCCAUGUCCCCUCAUCAAGAAGAGAGCCAUGCAACCAUGCAAGGCGAAGAAACCAAACGGAAUGAAAUGAUUCUUCAACUGUGUUAUGACCAGCUUAUCGCUCCUGUCAAAGAUUUACUAACAGAGCCUGAAGUCAUCAUUGUGCCUGAGAAAUGUUCGUACCGAGUCCCUUUUGCUGUUUUACGGGAUGAGUCAGCAGGAAAGCAUUUUUCAGAAACCCACAGAAUCCGCAUCGUCCCUUCUCUGACCACUCUCGGGAUCAUUCAGGAAUGUCCGAGGGACUAUCACAGUCAGACCGGUGCGCUGGUUGUGGGUGAUCCUAUGGCUGGCAAAGUGCAUUACAAUGGACGUACCCUGAACUUGACACCAUUGUCCGGAGCAAGAAGGGAGGCAGAGAUGAUCGGUCGACUCCUGGGUGUUCAGCCUUUGUUAGGAGAGCGCGCAACAAAGCAGGCGGUACUUCACGCACUUCAUUCAGUGAGCCUGAUACAUCUUGCCGCCCAUGGUAAUGCCGAGAGAGGAGAGAUUGCCCUGUCCCCUAACUGCACCACUAAAAGUAUUCCCCAAGAGGAAGACUAUCUUCUGACAGUGUCUGAUAUUUUAAAGGUGAAGCUGCGAGCUAAACUGGUCGUACUUAGUUGUUGUCACAGUGCGCGUGGAACGUUUAAACAAGAGGGAGUCAUCGGAAUCACUCGGGCGUUCCUAGCAUCUGGUGCACGUUCUGUGUUGGUGGCAUCGUGGGCCAUACAAGACGAAGCCACAGAGCAGCUCAUGAAUCAUUUCUACAUACACCUGGCUGCUGGAGAAAGUGCCAGCGAAUCUCUUCACCAGGCCAUCCAGUGGUUGAGAGGCAACGGCUUCGCCGAACCUACCCAAUGGGCUCCGUUUGUGCUGAUGGGAGACAACGUAACUUUCGACUUGAAAAAAUUAAGGCAAAAAGAACUGACGGAGGAAGAGAAUGAUGAGGACAAGAAACAGAGUAGCGACUGAUCCCUGACUCUCCCUCCCCUCCCGUUCUCUGGAAGGAAAACUGGUAUCUUUUCAAACAAAAACUUUUAACUUUGCACUGCUAUUUGGAGUGCUUUUUUUUACACGGCCCAGCUGUCAAGCAAGCGAUGCCAUUCGCCCGAAAAUUGUGUUAUCU